AAAGUUUUUCAGCCUCCAGAGGGCUGUAGCGGCAGUAGCAGGAGCAGCAUCCAAGGGACUCCUGGAAGGGGAAGAGAGAGAGAGCGAGCGAGCGACUGACUCAGUCCUGCUGCAGAGAACUGACUCGAGGCGACGAAGGCAGACAUGGAACAUCAGCUGCUGUGCUGCGAGGUGGAGACCAUCCGACGAGCCUACCUGGAUGCCAGCCUCCUCAAUGACAGGGUGCUGCAGACAAUGCUCAAGGCGGAGGAGACCUGCUCGCCCUCCGUCUCCUACUUCAAGUGCGUGCAGAAAGAAAUCUUGCCAUAUAUGAGGAAAAUAGUUGCCACUUGGAUGCUGGAGGUUUGCGAGGAGCAGAAGUGCGAAGAGGAAGUUUUCCCCUUGGCUAUGAAUUAUUUGGACAGAUUUUUGUCGUUCGAACCCCUCAAGAAAAGCCGAUUGCAAUUGCUCGGAGCUACCUGCAUGUUUGUGGCUUCAAAAAUGAAGGAAACUAUUCCUCUGACCGCAGAAAAACUGUGCAUUUAUACAGAUAACUCCAUUAGACCCGACGAAUUACUGCAAAUGGAGCUGCUGCUGGUGAAUAAGCUGAAAUGGAAUCUGGCCGCAAUGACCCCCCACGAUUUCAUUGAACAUUUCCUCACUAAAAUGCCUCUGGCAGAGGACACCAAGCAGAUCAUCCGUAAACAUGCUCAGACUUUUGUGGCUCUGUGCGCUACAGAUAUUAAAUUUAUUUCAAACCCACCCUCCAUGAUCGCAGCUGGCAGCGUGGUAGCAGCUGUGCAAGGCCUGCAUCUGGGGAACACUAACACUUUCCUCUCCUAUCAAUGCCUCACACAUUUCCUAUCACAAGUUAUCAAAUGUGACCCGGAUUGUUUACGAGCCUGCCAAGAACAGAUUGAGUCCCUCCUGGAGUCCAGUCUACGCCAGGCACAGCAGCACAGCGUAUCCUCAGAAACAAAGACUGUAGAGGACGAAGCAGACCUCUCCUGCACACCUACUGAUGUGCGAGACGUGAACAUUUAAAGAGGACUUCCUAAAUGGAUUUGCUUGGCGAGAAAAGCAGACAAAGAAAGGGCAUCUGAGAUGGAAUCGGCGUCAGGAUAUCCCCCCCAGAAACCCUUUUCUCCAGGACAUUUUUAUACCAGAAGGGAAAACCAGUCUUGUUAUAUUUUUUUCCUCGCUCUGUCUCCCUUCCAUCUGUGACUUCAAACAAACAAAUAAACAAAAAAUACCCCAAAAACUGUCUUA